CUCGAAGAUCCAACCAACCACAAGCAAGUCAAUAUUUCGCAAGAAGCCUCGUCCAACACUCAUACUGACUAGCUAGAGCAACAAACAACCACAAUGGCAACGAUAUCGCGACGUCCAGCAAAGCCGCCACUUUCCAGUGAUCUGGAGAAUACGGCUCACAAUGGUCAUCACAUUAGCAGUCUACAGGCCAAGGACAAUAGUAAUAGAGGAGGAGGCCAUGGAACUGCCAAACGACGCGUAGUAACAUCCUUUUUCAGUGGCGCGCUGUGCAUGGGGGCGAUCCUGUUUGCGCUUCGAGAUUACGUGGCAAUGCUGUGUCCACCGCCCACAGCCACGACCACCCAAACAGCAGUAGUAACAGAAGUCCAGUCUACUACUACUAGCACUACAACGAAUUCCGCCAAUGAAAAAGACUGGAAAUGGUUUGAAGGCGAUGUCAAUCAAUUCUACAACGAGUUGGAAAAGGAUCACAAACGCGAUCCUACCAAGAUUGCCAACUACGCGGUACAUCGUUGGAUGGGCACGGAUCGAUCUACCACGCAUCAUUAUGAAUUGUUACAAGCUAGUAUUUUGCGCUAUUACACUGGCAACUCACCAAACGAUGCCCUGCGUGUAUUGGACGCCGGGUGUGGCCUGGGAUCUGCCAUGAAGUGGUUGGAAGAACGACAACCUACCUGGGAUAUUGUGGGACAUACACUCAGUGAAGAACAGGUCAAAUUCAUCCACGACAAAUUACCAGCGCACAAAUUCAAAGUGGUGCUCAAAAGUUUUGAUGAUUUGGACACGUCCCAAGAAUUUGAUGUCAUUUACAGCAUUGAAGCCAUGAUUCAUAGUAUGGAUAUCCAAACAACACUCAAAGCAUGGUCCCAACAUUUGAAUCGACAACACGGAUCUCUGGUCGUGAUUGAUGACUUUUUAAUGCCCGGAGCCGACAAGUCAUCGGAAGAAAUGCAGCUCUUUCAACGCGGUUGGAUGGCCAAUUCGUUUUAUACAGUCGUGGAACUCAACACGAUGGCCCGCAAGUACGGAAUGGAAUUGGUCGAAUCGCGCGAUUUAUUGGCGGAAUAUCGAGUCGUCGAACUCAAUUAUAAAAACAAAGUGCCAUCGCUAGCGGUGGAACAGAAAAAGAGUCAUCAGGGAUGGAUUGGAAGCAAAUUGCGGCACAAACUGACGGUGGAAGGGAAAAUUGGAUACAAUCUGCUCGUCUUUCGAAGAAUGGGAGCCAAAAAGCAGAGGAGGCAACAAGAAUUGCCACAACCAAAAAUAUCCCUGAGCAAGAAUUUACCAAUACUGAGUACUGGCAAUGAUGACGAGUGUGCUUCGGUACCAAGGGUCGGCGACAACCAAGAGAAAGUAGUCUCCAAUAUUACGCCCAAGAAAGAAUGCCUCUCGUCGUGGUAUUGUUGCGACCAACACAAACAAUACCUAAACACGCUCAAAACAAAGAGAACCAACAAACACGGGUUUCUCAUGAUGGACGAAAGCUUGUUUGGCAAUUACAUGGAAGCCUUUGCCAGACACCUCAAUGAAUUUUACGAAACAAUCCCAUUGGACUAUACCAGUGGUCGUUUUUUGGAUAUUGGGGCCACCGGGUCGACGGCAUCGGGCAUGCAGCAAGUCACAUCCAAAUUUGCCCACUUUGUCGGGCCGUUACAAUAUUGGAUGCUCGAUUCGGAUCAGGGUGCCAAGUCGCUGCCGCGGACUAUUUAUUGCGAUAUUUGCGACUGUCCACAAGGGGAUUCGUGUGGAUUUGAUGUCACAUUCUCCCAUACAGUGCUAGAACAUGCGGCUCGACCCGAAAAGGCAUUUGACACCGUCGCACGGUUGACCAAAAAGGGGGGGCUGACAUUGCACCUCGUGCCGUGGAGUUAUCAGUACCAUGCCACACCCGAUGACUACUAUCGCUUUAGUCAUGCGGCACUGAAAGUUUUGAUGGAAGACAGAGGCUUUGAACCGUUGGAAAUUGGAUACGACCUCUGUAGCAAGCCACAAGCUGUCAUGAAGCGUGUGGAUGAACACUAUGACUUUAUUUGGUUGACAUACGUAAUAGCCAAGAAGCUGUAGGCAGGAACGAACAAGGAGGAAGCAGGGCAACCAGGCUUUCAUUCAAUCACCUGACAGUCACUGGUUUCGAAUGUGGUUGGAGCUUAUGCGCAUUGGGUGCUGUGUAUCGGUCCCCUCCACGAUUGGGUCUUCCGUCGUUUUCGCUGGUGGAAUGAUGUAAACUAGACAGAAUCGAUUCAUACCGAUCGUGUCCCUUUUGAAGGCCGACCCCCAAGCAACAAUGAACAAGCUUGCCACCAUUCUACUGUCCUUCCUCAUUCAUGCAUACUUGGUUGGCUUCCUCGGGGCUGCCUUCCUUCUGCUGGUCACGGUUAACCCACUCCUUGGCUUGAGCAGCAAGCAGAAUACGGUAGGAACUCACGUGGGGCGGUAAACUGAGGUAUAAACUUCUCUAUGCAUGAAAUUACUACAAAAACGUCGAACUACGUCGAUAUGCCCUCGCCUUGCCUGCCUUCCAACUUAGCUCCCACCCCUGCUGAUCGUUGCAACGCUAUCGGAGUCGGCGUCGCUUGUGCUAGCUUCUGAAGCUACCUCUGUGGGAACAACGGUCUCGACCUCUGUGGGAACACCGGUCGCGACCUCUGUGGGAAGCGCAGUCCCAGUUUGAGUGGCCUCAGCCGUCCACGCAACAGUACCACCAAUGGUACCACCAUCCGUGGGAAACGACGUUGCGGCAGACUCCUCUUCAAUGCACAUGACAACAUCUCCACAUUCCAACUCUUCCUUUUGGUCAUACACCUCCUCCAACACACACGUGGCAAUGGCUUGCAGUGCAUCCAGGCAGAGGUGCAUGCAGCAAGCACUCUCUUCCUUAGGAUAUUGCUCACACAGUGAAGACUCAAUGUCAUUGCAAGUGAUUGUCGUUUCGGGUGGUUUGACGUCAACAGCAGCCAUGCUCACAUCUGGACACACGAUUCCGUCGGAAAAGUAAAGACAGUCGCUGAGGACGCAUUCGACAAAGCCAUACCAUUCAUUCGGGCAGCUUUCUUCCGCAGAUUCCGCAGCAAUGGCAACGCCGCCAAUCGUUAUCGCAGACGCGUCGAAGUACACAAACUGUUUGUUUUCGGGGGGCUUCUCGAGUUUCUUCUCAAGUUUAUCGAAAAUUUGCUUGGAUGCAUCUAAAAAGGGAUCGGUUGGUGCUAAGGUGGUUGAUACUGUCGUAGUCGCUGUAGCAGCAGUACUGAAUGCGGGUGUGUCGUCACUUGUGGGCGUCAUGGUUUCCGUAGUGCCCGCGGCCACGAAAGAUGCAUCUAUGCUUUCGCUAAGGGUUGGGACAAUGGUGCCAACGUCCUCUGUCACACUAUCGGCUAGUUCCAAAGCACCGGGUGGUGGACACGGCAUGACUGCCUCACAUUCACCCAAGCCUGAUUGACCGUACUCCUUCUCGAGUAGACAGGUGGCAACAUCUUGCAGCGUAUCCAAGCAUUUGCUCAUGCAGCACUCACUGCCCUUUGGAAAUUGCUCGCACAAGGAAGAAGAAAUGUCCGAACAAGUGACAGCCUUGGGAGUGUCUUUGUGGAAAGAGAAACACAUCACGCGUUAGAAAGUUGGUUGGUCUUGACGACUUUCAUCGCGAGGUAACCAAGCAAAGGGGUCCUCACCUUUCAAAUCAUACGAUUUAACAGUUUCACAAGACGGGAGAAAAUUGGGACAGUCCGUGAUAAGGCAAACAACCAAUGCAUUCCAUUCGUCCGGGCAGUGUUCUUGGGAUGGCUCCGGGAGGACCGCAACUCCUCCAACCAUCCACCCGAAUGCAAGGAAGUCAACUUGCUCGCCAGACUGUUUGAAUUGUUUUCUGUACGGAGCUGGUGCUUUGUUCCGAAGUGUAGACGCUCGCGAGCUUGAAACUUGCAAGGCUGCAAUCAGAGUUCCUAGGAGGAACGUGUAUAACUUGGUCAUCUUCUGCUUCAGGGGAGAGGUUUGCUCUGAAAUGAGAAAUGUGGGGUGGAAAGUGGCAGGGAGAAGCAGCGACUGGGCCAAAAGCCUAGAUUUUUGAACUUCGAGGUCGCCACUUUUACGUAGACUGAAAUGAGUUCACUCGCAAUUUUUACAAUGAAAUGAAGCGACCACUUAGCGGAAAGAUGGAGCUUUCGGCCUAUGAAUCUAUAGAAUCGAGUGCAGUACCCAAGCAAACAUGAGCAAGUGGGCUUCAGAGCGGGGCUCUGGCUAGAGUACGGUAGCUAUUGCUGGCUUGCGAGACAAUUCUAAGUUUAGGUUUCUUGGUUGCCAUAACCACAUGGC